AUGGCCUCACCAGAGUAUUACGAAGUGCAGGCUCUGUUGGACGUGCGGAAGAUAUCUGGGAGGAAGGAAGAGUUCUUAGUCAAGUGGAAGAAUUCUCGAGAGCUCACGUGGGAGCCAUCGGGCAACAUUGGAUCCGGGCUCAAUGAUGUGAAAGAGGUAUGGUAUCAGCUUAAUGAUUACUAUAAGCAUCAGCAUGCCCAGACACUUCGGCAGAAGAAGGAGCGCUUCAGAGGCCGGAAGCUGACCGAGUCGGUAGCGAGUCCGGCAGGUGUAGUACGGAAAGUGUAUCGGAAACGGAGUCCAAGUCGAUCGAGCUCAUCUGGAGAUGACUAUACGUCGCAUAGCGAGUCUAGUGAUGAUGACGAUCUUAAAGAAGAACCACUCAAUGGCGCUGCGGGGGACUAUCAAACUGGAAAGCUCAAUGAGGACGAGAAGAUGAAGGGAUAUCAGGCAAGCCCUUCGGAUACUACUAUGGGCGGCACCAACAGAGCACCAGCAGCUCCUAGACCCAUACCUGUGGCCAGGUUCCGUGGAGGCUUAUUCGGUAUGGUUGAUGACUUGAAACAGAAUGCAGUAUUGAGAGUAGCGAAUACGGCGGGCGUUCGGUAUCUACCUGAGACUAAGCUCAAUAAGCUGUUCAUAGAGUAUCUCUAUGGCACGGAUGUGGAGUCCUCAGUGAUGAGUGAUCUCCAAUAUGAGCAAGCUGUAGUGGACCUUAUGUGGAGUAUGGCUGUCAAUCUGCAAGGACUGGACGAGGCCACACUGUCGGACCUAAAGGAGUGUCUAUUGAGAUUGGCUCGUCAGCUGAGACUACAACCAGCGACAACGUCUAAGAUGCUCCAGGACUGGUUCAAUAGGCAUCAUCAUGUUCAUGCUACUGGGUCCCCUUCUUAUAACCUCAUGAACGUGUCAACACUGCGGGCAAUAUGCUCCUGGAUGUCGACUCUAACGGACGAAGGUGCUACUAAAAUGGAGGACUUUAGUGACACUGGCAGUGUAGCUGACGUUGAUGUCGAUGCCUUGUUGAAGGGGUCUGAUGAUGUUGAGAUGGAGGAGCCCAUCGAGACUGUCGAGGACCCAAUAGUGGCCGAGUUCACGCAAGCACAGAACGAAAUGUUCGGCGAGACUGAGGACACGGAUGAGGGAGAUAUCUGUACACUCAUCCAUCUGGUCUAUGCUGCCAAGAACCCUAGCAAGUUAUCGGAGAUGCCAGGCUUGAUAGCGAAGUACUCGGCAACACUGAAGGCGUUAUAUGAGAGCAUAUGCAAGAAGUAUGGUGUGGACUGCGCGGAGUUCGCGAUACAGUCUAAUAUCAAGAACUAUCGGACUAUGGAGGACUUCGCUGCUUACUCUUUGGCUAGUGCUCGGUCACUUUAUGCGACGUACAACCCGGCCAAGUUGGAUGAAAUAGAAGACAUCAUGGCUAAGAACGCCAAUCAGGAGAUGCAGGUGGUGGCAGCCAUUCGACAGAAAUAUGAUGAAGGUCGAGGAUACAAGCCUGGUAUGUAUUAUCCGCCGAGCAGCCCAGAAUAUGGUAUAAUGGAAUUGAUAAGGGAGGAGUUGGCUGUGUAUAACCCGGACUUGCUCAGAUCCAUCGAGCACACGGUGUUCACGCAGUAUAGGUCGAGGGAGCUGUAUGUGUACUUGGCCAUAUGUGAUAAAUACGGGGUUACUAUUGACGAGGAUAGGCUGGCUGCCGUCGUUGAGACUUAUCGAGAGAAACAGAACACGCAACGACAAGCACAAGUGUUCAAUGUCGUUAAGGAGAUAUAUAAGACGUAUAAUCGCGGGAAGGUCAAGGAUAUUCAUCGGUUAGUGAACAAGUUCUCGAAAUCAACAUCUUCGGAGUUGGAGUUGAUACAGGCUGUUUGCAACAAGUUCAGGGUGCCUCUGCAUGUUAAAGUGGACAUUAUAUCUCGCAUGUUGGACCCUGGUGCUCUGGAUCUGACGUGGCACAGUAAGUUCCAGGAGGCUGUGGAGAAGAGUGACCUGUCGAUGCAUGUGUGGGGUUUGAUACAAAUGGAAAUGUCCAGUAAUAUGGAUUCACAUCUAGUGUCACAGCCGCCAAUGAGGCUGAGCGGCGAGGAUGCGUCUAUGCUUACUAUGGAUAGGUUGUCAGGGGAGGAACAAUGGACGACGGUUGAGAUGCUGAUUCGCGGCCGAGGUGGCAUGAUAUCGAAUGAAGUGAUUAUGCGGGAUCUACUCGAUCAGAAGGUUCAUGAGCUGGGUAUAAACAACUAUCCAUCGCAACUACGGUACCGUAUCACGCAGCAGGAGCCUGAGAGUGUUCAAUGGGACUCCUUCUGGGUCGCCGAGACUCCUCGUCUCAGCUGUACGCUCUCGAUGAACUCAGUGUCCCCACCAGAGCCCUCUGCGGCUGGGUACCGACCCCAGCGACUUUGGUUAAGCAUGCAGGAUUUGCUGCAGUGGAUACAUCAUAUACGACAACAGUAUCAAGUGGCUGCUGAUGAGCUGGCUCAGAGUGUACUGCAGAAGGGAGGGCAAGAGGAUGGGCCGGUUGUCCAGCCACCAUUGACGGCCAAGAGAGAGCAGCCGACUCAACCACUGCUCUCUUGUAAUGUUGCCUUGGUGAGCCCAAAGCUCACUGUAUUCGCUGGAGACUACCGAACGCUUAUCAUUGACGAGUAUCCUGAGUGUAGUCUCAAUCGACAGCAGAAUCAUGUAUGGUUCUUGCCUAAGGGUGGCAGGCGGAGUGACAUUGUAGAUAAGCUUCGGGCAGCAUGCGCGGCUUGGCCGAGAUGGUUGCGUCAUGGAGGUGCUGUUAUCAUUGACUACGAUAAGGUGCACUUCAUUGGUGGACUGAGGAGGAGAGCUAUGUAUCGGGAGGGCAUCAAACAGAUAUCUCGACUGUUGGGAGACGAGGCUGGAUCGGUGCGUAUACCGAGAUAUUUGCUGUCACUGCCAUUGGGGCCUCUACAGCCUCAGCUGCAGGAGCUGGUCUCGGAUUAUGAUGAUCAUGAGAGCCAGGAUGACUAUGGGGAGAGCGACCCGGAGGUCCCGACAGAGCUUAUCAGACCAUUGAGGUUAUCCCGCCAGCAGAUGAGGGAUGCCUUUAUACAGGGGGCACUCUGCCUCAACUGUGAUGAUAUUACCCAUAAACCAGCUGACUGUGGGAUUAGACGCAAGGUGUGUUGGAACUGUCACGGAGCUCAUCAAGGUCACACCUGCACUACCCGCUGCCGGUUCUGUCAAUGUAACCACAGCGCGUUUGUGCUCUUGGAAUGCGUGAAGCGAGGGGGUAGAAGAGCGCAGGAGUGGGCUAAGAAUCGACAUUAUCAAGAGCAGUUCCAGUUGAAUCGAACGUACCUGGAUGUUGAGCAAGCCAUUGCUAGUGCAGAGGCGGCGGGGAAGCAGUGGAGUGAUGAGAUAGUGGAGAUGGUCCGCAUACUGUACAACGCUGGGCAGUGGCUGCCGAAUAGCUGGAAGGAGCACUUUGAAAAGGCUCUUGCUGACGCCAAUGCUGUGAAGUCAGAAGAGGGUGGAGGUCAGGAUCAGGCGUCAACGGCUGACAAUGAGGCUAGUGUUUCUACUGGGAGUAUCAAGCCAGUACUCCCGUCAACGCCGCCUCCUAUACUCCCUGACCAGAAGUACAAGUGGAUUGAACGUAUCUUCCUCGAUGAGCUGUUGGGUGCGGGCAUGCUUGGUCGCGAUGCUGUUAGGGCCAUCGUGGGCUCGAGAGGCCAGAAUCAUAAGGAGAUGGAGUCGGCCACACAGAGCCGUAUAUACUUCCGAGGGAUGGGUAUGAAGGACGGUAGUGUUGGUGGAGGCGCGGAAGAGAUGCCUGAUCUGAGGCACUUCGAUACCGAGGCGAGGAUACAUGUACUGGUCAAGUGUGAUCAGCCGCCCCAGGCUAGAGCUGUCCGAUCGAUGCUUAUUCGGAUCAUACGCGGCCUUGAGUCUGAGCGUCAGAGAGGCCAUGGGGCCUUGCCACCGCUGUGUGAUGCCUUCCAUUGGCUGGAAAGCUCCUCCAAGUACCAGAGUGGCAUGGGUAAGCGUGAGGAUAUGGAUCGAUACUCGGGAGGAGCUGAUGAUGGAGGAGCUAGAGCAUUGCCUGGGGGUGGUAUCCAAGGCUUGGAGAUUACGCUUGGUGACAAUCGUGAUAAAGAGGUUAAUGCUUUACAACACUGGCUGCAUGCACAGGGCAUAGAGGCGAAGACGGACUCGAAUCUCACACGCAUAUUGAUACCAUCAACCCGGAAAAUAGAGGCAUCAGUGGCGAUCAAGGAGAGGGAACAACCAGGGGAGUUUGAUGAUAAGAUGGAGGAGAGGAAACGGAUUAUCAAUUCUCCAGCAGUUCGUCAUUCGGUGUACUCAUCUCUGUUCCAGCUCUUCGCACUGUGGCCGGCUCAGCCACCUGCUGUCAGUGGGGUGUACUGGUUUGAACCGUGGCAGCUGGAACCCAUCGGGCUCAUUGGGAGGAUACGGGCAACAGCACCGGAGGGCCAGCCCAUUGAAGAUGAUCGAUUUUGGAUGGAUGUCGGGCAGAGGUGUCGUCUGUCGAUGAAGGGGGCUGAGGAGGUAGCUAGCCUCCUUGAAGCGAUGGAGGAGUUGCCUGAUAAGGUUGAUAAGGAUAUGUGUGUUGAGAUCCUUAGAACAUUUGUUGGAUCAGUGCAGUGCGCAGCGAGGGAUCAUCGUCUACUCCUAUAUCUACGUUACCCGUGGGCUAUGGUUCAUACUGUUGGAGAUGACGAGCUCACAGCCCUCAACUUGUUCCCACGUAAUCUGUCUGUACACCUCAUCAACAAGGAGAUACGCGAGACCGGGCGGCUAGGGACUAACACCGGUGACGUCACUGCAUUGAAGUCUAGCGUCAAACAGCAAAGUGUCAAGAGCGGGGAUCGACCCGGGGACCAUCUGCUUGAACGCCUCUCACCUGACCGUGUGCCCGAAAUGGAGCCUCCAUACAUCGGCUUUGCUGUGGAAUGGCUGCUACCUGAUGACGUGUUGUUGCAUACAGCAGCAGCUGCAGCGGCAGCAGGGCAUGCUGGUGGUCCUGCUGGUGGGGAGGUCAGAGCUCAGUAUGGUGAUGAAGGAGAACCACCACAGAGAGUCCCUAUAGCGGCUCCCGUUGCUGUUCCCUCGCCUAGUCCUACAGAAGCUAGACCAACGACGAUCAAGGGGGAGAUGGGUCAAGACGCGGUCAUAGUGGAUGAUGCUUCGGAUCAUGCACCCCAGAAUCAACGAGAAGAAUACAUGGCGAUGUCAGUAGCACAGCUCCGGGAGAAGCUUCGUGCCCAGGGCCUGCCAGUAACCGGACGGAAGACCGAUUUGGUGGAUCGUCUAUUGAAGAAGCCAUUGGGAGCGUCGCAGAAAACCGCGCAGGGACCAGCACUUUACAAGUGCCGCGUGGAGCUGCCUGCUCAGCUUAUGGGCUGGCAUGAGUUGCGUAACAAUCUGUGUGGUGAUAGGAAUGCUCACUUUGAGCAUGUCCACUCCCAGUGCCCGGGGACUAAGCUCAGCCUAGCUGGCAAUCAGAGCGCGGCUCUGCAAGGCUCAGCUCGACUCCACGUUCUGGUCACUACCAAUGGUCUAGAGGCUGACUACAAGCGGGCGAAGGAUCUUGUAGUUGACCUAGCCAAGGCUGUUGCUGAGCACGGAGCCGAGGUUAUGCUGGGUGACCUCUCACCGACCCAAUUGGAGAGUGUGUUAGCUGAGAUUAAAAUAGUGGAGUUAACAACAUCAGUGCCUGCGGCGGUGCCUGCCAACACGGCGGGUGCUGGUGGUGAUUCGGAAGGCAGUGGUGGAGCCAGUCAAGGUGCUGCAGGUGCGGGGACCUCUUCAGCAUUCAAUAGACUCUUCGGAGCUCUGCAGGCUGCUGCGGCGAAGGGCUCACAAGCACCCGGGUCGGCCGCUGCUCCCAAUGCGGGCACACCGACUGGACGACAAGCCGCUUCCUAUGAGGACCUUUGA